AUGAUAUCACACACGCUCCUUCACUUGCUUCUGCUCCCCAUAGCUGGGCUACCGAGACUUGCCGCUGCUGGCGCUGAUCCCUCUGCUUACCCUGGCGAUGCAGGACAGCAGCUACCAAAUCUAGCGAUUGUGCUUAUGAAUGGAAGCUCCUCAACCGAGGAAGGGGAACAGCUGAUGGAGGAAUGUGACGCCUCAAUCACGGCGUGCGCAACGACAGCCGAUGUCAAAAUCAUACGCACGCAUGCAUCCACCAAAUAUGUGACGAAUCUUCACGUCUUCGAAAGUGUUUCUACUGUUUCUACAUCUACCCGCACCUUUACUCAAGUUAAGGUAUCAACAAAGACAACAAGUGUCGAAGGUCAAUGUCGCGACACAACUAUCUACGAAGAGCCCACACCACUUACCGUGACAGUAGAUGUCAAUACCACCACUGUCAAAGAAUUUGUACAUAUCGUUCCCACAACCAUCACGACCGUAUCAAUCGUCGAACAUAAGCAGACCGCACAAUGUAUUAUCAAGAGAACGAGCAUGGGCUUGGUGUCCUCUGCUCUUCCUGGCUCUCCCUCAGACCGGGCUGGAAACGCCUCUGGCUCUGUUCAACCCGCACCAGGAAUUUCAUCUUCCCCAGGAAAUGUACCUUCUGUGGAACCUUCCGUAGAUGAUUUCAACUCUGCUCAAGCGGAGACGGGCGACUCACCCUCAAUCACAGAUGUGGAAGACGGGGAGGAUGAAGAUACAAGCACUUCAACUGUUGAAUUCGGUAGCGCUUCGGCGUAUUUUUGA